AUGGCGGGCGCAGUGGGCCCAAUUCGAAAAGCAUGGUACCAAUGGAAGAUGAAGCGCUUUCCAUGGCGCAAGAAGUGGCUUGUGGGCUUCGAUCUCCAGGGCAACACCUUCUGGGAGUUCAAGGACGCACUGCACGCACUGCGCAACCGGAGAAUAGCAAAAUACAGCCGUAGCACACAUUAUGGCGACGUGCAGAUAUCGCCGUCAUGGAUGCAAUGGCUGCGGCACACGCGCUACGAACCGCCCACUGUUGCCGAACAACACCAGGACAUGAUGAGGAUAGAGCGCAUGAAGCAGCUUGCCGCGCAGGCGGAUGCGAGAUGGGCAGAAAAGCCGUCAGCGCUGGAUGCGCCGGAUAAGCAACAACCUGUGCAGAUGCUGCAGUCGAGAGACCCGGACAGCGGCGUCACGCAGAUGAAUGCCGACCAAGAGAUAAGGGACAGCAUAGAACCGCCUCGCCCACUCGACCAGGAAGCUGCAAGACCAGCGCCAGUAGAGCCCGAGCAACCUGCAGAGCCUCAGCAGAUGCCACGCGACCCACCAGCACCGGCCGCCCAAGACGACGCGUCUGCCUUUACAGCGAAGAAGAGAAUGAAGAAGGAACCCAAGGACUCGCCAUGGAAGCAGGCAGCUCAGAGUCAAGAGUGGCAACCCCAAGGUUGGAGCCCUGCGCCAGCCAAACGACGUUGA